CAAAAGGCCAGACGUAGGUGGUGGGGGAAAAACAUUUUUUAAGGAAAAUGGCGAUCUGUUUGUAAAUAAUAGAAAAUCACGGGAGGGAAAGUGAAUUCAGGUACCUGAUGCGCUUUUGAGUGCGCUGAAGAAUUCUUGGUUGGGAAGAAAAAUGGAUUUCACAAACAGCAAGUUCAGGAAAAAGCUGAGCAUGAACAAGUACACAAACAAGGAGCAAUACUUAGUGGACGCGGCUGCGUUUGCCCAACUGGUAGCUGAUGACCUCGGAGACCCUGAGGCAGAAAAGCUGUUUUGCCCAGCUUUCAAAAUCAAGUCCUGCGGGUGCAUGCAACGCUUCAUCACGGGAGGAGAUGAUGAAGAUUUUCCAUGCGAAGGAUCUCGGGAAAGAGCAAUAAGUCUGCUGCAACUGCACAGGGAGGCGCAAGUCCACAAAAGCUACAUAUCCACGGAGAGCAGGGAAAAGGGUGAUAAGCGGGUGCUGCGAAUGCUCAGGGCGGAGGGUUUUGAACAGUUCAUUCUGGAGCACAGGAUUCACGUCCGGCAGGAAUUGGGACUUUGCGAAAGGGCCAGCCAGAAGCUCCUUAUGUACUCAAACAACUUCCUUCACAAGGAUCUCAAAACUGGACCUGAAAAGGGUCCUCGCAUCAAACGCCUCGGUGGAAAACGCAUCCCGAAAAUACCUCUCAUGCCGAUUCACAGCGUUGCCACUGAAGCUUGCUGCAAGGAAUCGUGCGUUCGACUGGCCAUCACGAUGUACGACAAGGUCGAUUCGUGGCGCAAAAAUUCUCUCCAGAAUCAGCAAUUGCUCAGGAAGGUGGUCACAGAAAUGUUGACCUUCAACACUCAUAGAUGUCUGUGCCACAAGUUCAUCUCAUUGGUCACUGGAUGCAGCUUCUCUUUGGUGUCCAAAGUGAAGGAAAUGCUGAAGAGCAAAGGACACAAAAUUUCGAGUUCAAAAAACUCGAUUUCGCCGGGAAAAAGUGCAAGUAACUUGGACGUCCAUGACGCCCUGAUAAGUGAGGAACAAUCGCUGGAGAGGUCGGAAGACGCAAAUGCAAUCUACUUCAAAAUGGAAGACGAUGACGACGACGAAGAACUGAGCAACUCAGGAAUCUACCACCAGGAAGUGGCAGCUUUAAACGGAUCUCACACUGAAUACACAGACAAUGAAGAAUUUAACAAAAGCGAGACAGACGACUAUCAGCUUGACUCUUCAAGCAUCAGCCAGUACCUGCAGAACCGCAACGAAAUGUGGAACCCACUCUCGAUUGACUGCCCCUCCGUAUUGGGCCCCAGCAUGGUCAAAGUGACUGCCAGUGUUGAAUCUCCACCCCAGACCAAAACCUUCACUGUUCUCGGUCCAGCGUCGACCAACCCAGGGCCAGUCGACGUCACUCCCAACUCAGAAUCGGCCUUUCCCAUGAUCUUCUUGCCAGAGGCCAUGCAGGGUCAGGCCAUCUCGAUUAUGACCGCUGGCGACGCAAUGGGCGAGUUUGCCGGGCAAGAGGGCUACCAGAGUUUAGUCAUUUUGCAACCGUCGGCCAUCAACGCCACUUAUGUGCAUGAGUAGGCACUCCACCUCUUCGCACUCUCUUCUUUUGUAACAGAUGCUCAACUCGAAUAUUUUUUGAUAUGCCAUUUUACGAUAGAGACACCUUCUUCCGACGAGUAUUUUUGUGUGACGCCGACAAAAGUCGUUCUCAGGGCAAUGCAACACAGAGUAAUAAUUAUUUUUAAUCGAGAAAUGCCAAGCAUUCCACAGAAUGAUAGCGAUAGUUUUCCCAAGUGUGGUGUCCUCCGUACAGGAACGUGACAAUUGUGAAACGUAUAUACUUAUGUGUCAUAGUAGUUGAUAGCAGAGAGAUUCAUUUUUUACAAUGAGAGAUAUUAUUAUAAAAUACAUUUGAUGAGAAAAUAUUUGGGAAAAAUUGUAUUGUAUUUUUGUUCUAUUUAAUUUGAGAGAUUUUAUGUGUGACGGCAUUGAAUUGAUAUGACGGUGUUUACUUUAGCCCCGAAAUGCUAAUAAAGACAUUUACGAUUCUCUUUCA